AUCACGAAAAUUAAGCAAUAAGUGUAAUUGAAGAUAUAUAAUUAUAUAGACCUAAGUGAAGUGCACAGCUACUUACCAUUAAAUUGUCUUAUAUAUGCACCAAGGUUUAAUUAUAAUAUUUUCGGAAAAGACACUUGUAUAUGGAAGGAAAAAAAAGAUUCAAUGUGGAUAAUGAAACUGGAUAUAUUCAUUUUUUUGUCUUUUAGUGAUCAUAUUUCAAGAUACAUGGUGUUAUCACGUUUCAAAUUCAACAUUUACGUGGACGCCAAGAAAAGAGAUGAAUGCAAGAUAGCGUCACCUACCAUAAAGUAUGGUAAUCAAAAACCUCAUCGUUGAUAUGCAUGGAAACAUUAUAAAGCAAGAAGGUCUGGGUCGGUUACUAUCAACAAACUGCUUUAUUUGAGUAUAUUGGAUGCAUGAGUUCAGAGGACUUGAACAUAAUCAAAAUACAGCUUGGUACAACGAAUAUCGGAUGGUGCUAUUCUGCUUGUUCCAAAACGCCAUUUAUUGGGAUACAGAAACAAACGUGCUAUUGUAUAUCGGACAAAUCUGAUAAAAGAAUCAGAGAACUAAACUGCAAUCAUGGGUGCGAAGUUUCAUCUAACGCUACUUGUGGUGGAGACAACGUCACUUCACUGUAUAGAAUGUUAUCUCACAACGACUCUGUACAUUUUCCUGAAAAACAGAAGAGCAAAAAUAACUGCCUUAAAAUGUAUUUAGACAAAAAUAAUGGAAGCAAAUCGUAUGAAUGGAAAUCUUGUUCCGAACAAAUGUGGGCAUUUUGCAAAUCUGAUUCAGACCAUUCCUGCGAGUUAUAUAGAGAAUUGAAAAGUUGGAGGAAUGCAGCGACACUGUGCUUUCAAAACAACGGCUAUCCAAUUGGAUAUGAAGCAGCACGGAAUGUGACUUACAUGGCUAGAUACGGCUGGACAGGGAUCGUUUGGAGCGAUGUAAUUUUCAAAGAAACUGAAUUAUACCGGAAAAACAUGUCUGAUAUCAGUCACGGGUAUUUGAAAUAUGAGGGUUCCUUAGGAUACGUUUUACAUUUUUCAAAACAUGAUGACGAAAGAAAAUAUAUUCUCUGCAACGGUAGCAUAUUUCUAUGA